CAGUGAAGCUGUGACAUCUGUCCUCUUCUCACUGUUUCUGCUCACCCUAUGAAAGCAAGAGCUAAUGAAAUCUCUCCAUUCUUUUGUUUAAGCGUGAAGUUGUGGGGAUGCCUGUCACUGCCCCAAACUUGUUGGAAUAUUUCUUUCUUUUGAUAUUUAAUGUAGAGACCGUGCUCUCUGUCUGUGAUGUCAGAGUCCAUACAAUCGAUCUGGGAUGCCAUCUCGAGUGGAACUGCUCUGAUGCCAACCCUAAGACCACUUACACUGUCCAGACCAAGACACACAAUAAAUCAUGGGAAAAUGUUUCAGACUGCGUCGAGACUUCACGGCAAAGCUGCGAUCUGACACGUGUCUUUUCAAACAUAUAUGCGUACAACUUUAUCAGACUGGGAUCGGAGGAGCUUCCAGGGCUGAGUGAAACUCAGAUCUGUGAUCCUCUGAAUGACUCGGCUGCCACAUUCAGCCCCCCCAACAUAAUCAUCUCCAUGGACAAUGAAAGUCUCUGGGUGACGGUAAAUUUUCCUUGUGCUCCAUCAGUUUACUGCGAUUAUGAUGUGACUUGCAACUGCACCAUAAAUGGCUUUAUAAGCCUCUCGGCCACAGUCACUCUAUACAACAAACAGAACCUCGCAGAAAGACAGACACGCAAUGCUACAGUGAUGGAGGAAACCACACUCAAGGUGGAAUUUGGUUUUCUUAUACCAGGGCAAGUGUACUGUGCUGUGGCCAACUUCACAGCUGAAGGUGUACUGGACUCUUCUCCCAUGAGCCUCCCGCAGUGUGUACACAUACCAGCGAAGAUUGAAAUCCCCAUCAUCGUGAUUAUGUGUGCUGUUACCAUUACUCUUGGCCUAGUGAUAUUUCUGCUCUGGAGAAACUGUGCAACUUCUGAACGCCCCUUGCCCAGAUCUUUGGCUUUACUUCAAGAUCUGGAACUUCAGAAAGACACAUUCAUUGACUCCUGUGAGGCUGCACCACACAACGAGAGCUCUGAGGGUGACCACAUUUCUGUUGUAUCCAUCUGUGACAUCACACUCACGGACAACCAGCAUUCUUACUACAACUCCCAAAUCAUGGGCAAUGGGUAUUACACAAGCCCCAUCCUGCAUGAUCCAGACUGCAUUGAGGAAUCUGUGGAGUCUUUAGAGUUCGGCAUAGAAGUCCAAAACGACGAGUUCCAUCUGUUUCCAUCACAUCCGGCUCUAGAAGCAAAGCUGGGAUGCUAUCAGAAUCAGUGUGAGGAGAAUCCCAACAUUCCUCUGAGCUCGGUGCAAGUGAAAUGCACUCAACAGGACGAGAUGUCAACUGAAGACUCAGAGUGGUAUGGAGAUGUUGAAAUGUUUAAAACUGAAUAUGAGACCAAUGAAAACGGGCCCGAGCAAAUUCAAGCUACUGAUGUUUCUUCCCAAAAGGCUGAAUACAUUUAGUUUUUUUUAGUCAGACUCUGAGCUAUGGAUUUGCUUUGAGUCUGAUUUUUAAUACCUGCUCUUUUAGAGCUAUUAGUCUAGAGAAGUGUCAUCUUGAGCUUCAGCCCCUUCGCCCGCUAUUGCCAUUAUUGUCAUAGUUGCGAUGAAACAGAAGUAGGAACAGAUCUUUUCUUCUGUAUUGUGAUGUACAUUUGACUGCAACGGAUUGUUGAAAAGAAAAAGUGUAGGGCAGGGACUUGGAUUCUGGGAUGUGGAUGUGGACAUUGCACUCAAAAUGGAGGCAGAUGAACGUGAGCUUGCGGGGAAAGGUUUAAACAGACUAAAUGAUUGGAGAAGUCUGCCAUACGUCACCAGAGAAGGGUGCCGUUUAAAAAUGUUUGACUAGAUUUUAAAUGAAUACAGUAAACAUACAUGGAUGAAUCAUUCACAAUAAGAUCUAUAACAUGCAUUUAUAUAGUUUGAAUUGUAAUUUCAUGUCGACUUUAAUAGUAUCAUAUCCUCCAUUUUAGUCUAGAUGGCUUCUAAAGUUCAAAUGGAGUUAAGCACGUACUCCCUUUACUGUAGGGUGAAAUGUGUCACUUCUUGCACGUUUUUCAUGGUCAAACAUCGUUGACCUGAAUCUAGCAGUCAUUAUUAUUGCCAACACACAAUCCAGUGACUCACUCAAAUCAGCAGAGCGCUAUAAAUCCUUAUUCUGUCCCUAUAAGCAGCAGUUAUUUUCGGGUAACUGUGAGUAAGGUAUGAUUUCUGUAUGGCUCGAUUCAUUGUUUUUUUGCUCCAUAGUUUUCACUUCUGACUCAGAGUUGCCCCAUUUUGACUCUCAUUUUCUGUGGACCAUGUCUCACAGCUAACCACGCUAAGGUGCACAAUUUCUGCUGAUGUUGCUGGUUCUCUGGAACAUUUAUGGAAACGCUCCCAGAAACCGAGUGUGACUUCUGGUGCUGGAAAAUGUAGCUUGUAUGUUGCAAUGUAUAGAAUUAUGCAUGUUUUUUAUUUUUUCCUUUUUGGGAAAGUGUACAGGUCUGUGGAGUUGUCAUGUAGAAUUCUGUGAGGUCUUAUCAGUUCAGAUUAAUUUUGGAACCGUUAACAGUGAAGAGAAAUUAGUUAAUAAAUACUGUAAGUUAGAAAGAGGGAAAUUUGUUGUUUAACUGGUCUUUUCUUAAAGCCAUAAUAAUGUGUGGCUAAUAAACCGCCUCCAAACUGAUUUCUAAAAGCACAGAUAUUUGCUGCCAUUUCACUCAACAGAUGACUCGUUUUAAAUGUCAAGUUUCUUGUUGACCAAAUGUAGCAGAGUGGAAAAAAGUUCAGCUUUAAUAAACCACAGCCCACAAGCCUGAAAAACAUGCAUACAGUAUCCAUCGUAGCCUAACAAAAAUAUGAAGAAAUGCACAAUAAACCUGUACUGCCUUUCUUACCUAAUAUAAUUUUGCAGUAGUUUUGUUUGUUUGCAUGUAGUAUCUUUCUUCAACAGUGGUAUUGUUCAUUAAUUAAAUGAAUUUUAUGACUAUAAGGUUCAGUCUUUUAAAUGCAGAAACAAAAAGACUGGGGACUUGCAUUAAAGUUGCUCAGUAGACUAAUGCUGUGCUAGGUUUAAUCAAUAGAACCAAUGUAGUACAAAAAUUGUAUAUUGAUGUUUGAAGUUUGUAUAAGCACAAUCUCUUUCUAAGGCAUUGGCAAAUUAUUAUACAUAGGCUGUGCAAUAAAGUUGUAUGAGAAAACUCAUAGGAAAUGUGACUCACUAGCUGACUCACACACACAUCUCCAUCCAUAGAAACCUUUGAAACACCAUAUGCAUCAGAACCAUUCAUUGUCAUAGAAGGAUGCCUAAAAAAAAUACCUAACCCAAACCAAGGGUUUCAUAUACAUACUGAAUGGACUUUUUUUUUACCGUUCUAU